GCUGAAAGUUCGCUGUGUGGCGGACAGUUUGUGUGACGAGUUCCUGGGGCGCGAAGUCCUCCCCUGAAAUUGUGUUUUGGUUUGUUAGUUGUUCAUUUGUUUAAUGGCUCUUAUUCUGCGAAACAGAGCAGGAAGACUGCUACGUUUGCGUGGCGCCGUGGUUGGAUCCUGGCUUCACAGUCACCUGUCAACGUCGACGAUGUUACCUCAGACUUCUAAAUCAUCCAAUGAUCAUGACACGAAGAUUUACGAGCUGCGUACAUACUAUGUAAAGCCCAAGGCUUUUGGUAAGAGAACAACGGUUUUAACCACCAAGAAUUAUUUACGUGGCGUAACUGAAGCUAGAGCAAAAUACCUUUCCUUGGGGAAGUACCCACUUUGGGGAGGGAAGAGGUGAGGGGUGUAGAAGCUCCCCCUUCCAAGAAGGGGGUAGGGGUAUUAUCAAGUUAUGUACCACCCAGCGGGAUGGUGAUGACCUUCAUAUCUAAAAUGAGCUCUAUGUUUGAGAUGUUUCCUCAACCAAGGUGUGAUAUAGACCAAUUUUGAUAUAUUAAAUUUCAAACUUAGCUGCGAGGCUUGGGGAAAUAAUAUCUCAGAAACCAACAUGCUAGCUACUCCCAUAAAAAUACAUCCUUCUUUAACGUAGCUUCCUUCUCAUACAAUAAAUCUAUUUCCUGUCAGGUGAUUUCAUGAAUUUAACACAUGAAAAUAUUCACCUCAAGUCUGACUCAAACUCCAAACUGAAUGGUUAUUGGACAAGUGACAUUGGAGGUGUGAAUGAAGUCACGCACAUCUGGGAAUAUGGUAUUUGACUUAUUAUACUGUAUCUUAAAAAAUAUAUGAUAAUGUGAAUAUAUCUCUCAUAAAUAUGGACUUUGGUCAACCCCCUACUGUUAGACACUUCUAACGGGGGUGGCACUUAGGUAUUUUCCCCUAAAAUUGAUCCCCCGUUCUAGAAAUGGGCCAAUUUUGUAUACCCAGUUCUAGAAUUCGACCUAAAACUGAUACCCCGUUCUAGAAAUGGGCCAAUUUUUUAUACUCCGUUCUAGGGUGCAACAAGAGUACAACACUUUGCUUGUUAACGCAUGCAUUUAACCGUAUUUUUAAAAGCAAUCUGUCCUUGAAUAAUUUCAAAUGGCUGCUUACAAAACUGGAGCUUUCGUGCGUUCGAAAUAUUAUACCCCGUUCUAGAAAACGCCUCUGAAAUGGAUACCCCGUUCUAAAUCAGGAGCUUCAAAAUCACGACCCCAUUGGGCGGCACAUACCCGUAUAGGUUAUGUGAGGGAUUACCCCCGGUGGUGGACACCUGCUACAAGUAGACACUCGGUUAUGGUCCCAGAGUUAUACCAACACCAUAUUUAAUUAUUUAAAAGCUCCCUCAAGCAGACAUCUCUCCAAAGUAGACACUUUUUCAGACCCCCAGGAUGCUUGCUAAUGUGGAAAGUUCUAAUUUUUGGGAAAAAAUAUUUACACAUGUACAAGCAUUGCUCUAUGAAGGGUUAAUUGGUCUAACUUUUAGAGUAAUAGAGGGAUUCAAGCUAGAUAAACCUUCAUGAGGGAGUAUGGAUACUUUUUUGAUUACCCUCUAAAGAGUGGGUAUGUUUUCUGGAGCCCACAAUUUUACCUGUAUACACAAUAUGCAAUUAGGUGCUCUUUGCAUGCUGUUGCCCAGCGAUAACAUAAACCACAUUUUUAUUUGUAGACAGCUAUGCACAAAGAGUGGAAGCAAGAAAAGGACUUUCCCAGGACAAAAAUUGGAUCAAUGAUUAUAUAAAGAAAAUGCUAAAAAUGUUGGACAAGCAGGUAAUUAUGUUGUACAUUUUAUUAUUAAACAAUGUUAAGAAAAAUUUGCAGAUAAUAGAAGAGGGGCUCCAUUUUCAGGCCUCAAAGAAAGGAAUUACUAUAGUUUCCCUUGUCAGAAGUACAUUUAAUGCUUUGCAAAAUGUUGGUAAUUAAUUAUAAUAACUAAGGAAAUUUAAAUGAUUUGUUGCAUGUUAAUACAACAAGUAAUGUGAUUUAAUUUGGUGACAGGAGUGCUGGGUAAUGAAUGCAGCCCCAUGGUAUAAAGUGAAGCCUCCACUCUCUACAGGAGGUAUGUAGUAAAGACUUUUUCUUUUUUGGUAGAGGGGGUAGGGGGGUAGUGUUGGGGGGCCGGCAUAUUUAUGUUGCUUUUCUCAGGGCAGGAAAAUAAUCCCAACCAGUAGUCUUGAGGACAAGUAGAUUCUCUGGCUGGGCAAAUAACUUGUCCUAAUGGGCAAGGGUACAGGCAAGUCAUCCUUUAAUAAAAUCAUUAACUAAGAUGAGCAAGCGGGCAAGCAAAAUGAGAGAGCUGCUUGCCCAAAGGACAAGCUGGAAUUCAAGUUGUUUUUGAGCCCUGUUUCCUUAUUCAUAUUUGACUUCUCAGGUAAACACGACAAAAGGCCAGAUCUAAAGAUAAAAUUAACGUCAAGUCUUUCAUAUACAGGGUAAUAAUUUCAGUUUCCCAAGUAGGUUUGAUGGUAUUCAGAGUUUGUGUAGAUGGUUUCUAUUAGAAUAAUUAAUAGUCUUUUUCUGUGUUGAGGGAAUUCCUAAACAUAAUAUGAAACAAAUAGAAAGUAGGCUUCUUAACUGCUGCGUGGUUCUCAAAUCAAAUGUGCUGAAUACGAAUUGUUGAGAAGCUAAUGCAUUAUUUUACACCAGUCUGUGCUUUCCCUCUCCGAAUUCAAGGCUUUUAAUAUCAAUACAGACUGGGAGGAGUACAGGCAUAUGAACCUAAGGAAAAUGGUAGCAGUUGACUUUGUUUGACUAAGUAGAUGUUACUUAUAAAUUACAAAACUUUCUUUUUUCUCUGUGUAAGGUGUGUAUGAGCUUCGUGUGUAUGACCUGGUGCUGGGUAAAAAAGAACAGUGGGAGCACAGAAUUAUUCAAGGUCUUCCUGACCGCUGCAAGCUUUCUGAACCUGUUGGAGUUUGGUUUACUGAAUUUGGUCCUGUUAACACAGGUAUGUUAAUAUUGAUAUUAUUAUUUUAAGUCUUUUAUCAAAGAAAUAGAAGAAAUGUGAUGGUGUUUGACCUUUUUUUUUGUCUUAUUUUCAGCCAUCAUGUUGUGGUCUUAUCAAAGUCUAGAUGACCGUAUCAGAAUUCGUAAUGAGGCUCAGCAGAUGGAGGAGUGGACUGAAGCAGGUGAGAGUUACAAGGUCAAACAAGACACUAUCGGAGGGUACUCUUGGGCAUCGUUAUAUCACGCGUAUGUGAGGAUUUUUUGUUGAAAAAGGAGACAUGGAGCUAUAGUAGACUUUGCUUAGUAUGUAAAUGGCUCAAAUUUUUCUGCAGAAUUCUUAACGUAACUGAUUCACCGAACAGGACUGGGAGCAACCUCUCAAUUUUGAGUGGCAAGUGAAUGUGGCAAAGCUGUGAGGGGGGAGGAAAUGAAGAGCUCCCACUUUCUUUCUCUGCACCUUGCUUCCGCUUCUCCUUUUGCGUGCCACUUGCCUGUGACUUCUCUCGAUUUCUCUUCAAUGGAGAACUUUCUUGCUGGCUGUUAAGGUUUUCAUUGUUGUGAGAGAUGGUUGCAUUGACAUAAAUUGAUUAUAAUGGCUCAGUCAAUUCCAAGCAUAUAUACCCAUACCCCCAAGAGCAUUUGUCAAGUGCUGACAUCUCCUUUGGCUCUUGACAUCUGAGUAAGAGUGGACAUAAUUGCUCAAACUCGUCUGUAGCCAAAUCUGUCAAUUCCAAUCACUUUUACGAGAUUUUACUCCAGUUAUCGGAAGAAAUAGCUCCGUUUCUAAAGAAAAAUAACCUUCUAAACUGAAAAGUAUCCCUGUGUUGUUUUAAAAUGUUGAGAAUACUUGGGCAUAAUUUCAUAUUAUGUUGAACACCGUCACAGAGUCCUGUUCACUUUCAAGACCCACACUUACAAGAUCUCAGGAACUCGGCUUACAAAAAUGAAUGUCCUCUAAGACUACAUGGGGUUACUGGUAGUUAAUAACGAGGAAAAGGGUAAAAAAGGGUUCUCUGCUCCUUUUUUGUUACACCGGGCUUCAUGUAGUGACUAAAGAUGAGAAAAAAAUGAUUGAAAACUCAAGAUACUGUUUAACAUUGGCUCCUUUUUCAAAGAAAAAUGUAAAAAAUCCUGGCAAUCACUUCUACUACUAAAUUACUGAAUUUCGUUUUAUUUUUCAGUAAGAGACUGCCUUCCUUUUGAAAACAGAGCAUUUUCUAAGGUUCUCACUCCAACAGAGUUCUCUCCUUGGAAAUAAAAUUAAUGCACUUGUUGAUGCGUACAUGAACAAGAGAAAAAUGGGAUAGGACAAGAAAUACAGACUGUUGCUCAAAGCUCUCCAUGGCAAGAUGAGAAAAAUAUGAACAAGACGAAUUAGCUGUUGUGAAAGUGGGAUGUGAAGUAUCCCAAGUAAAUGUUGUUCUGAAACUCUAACAAGAAAUACACUACUAGCUGUUUCUUGGGUUCUACUUAGGUACAAAUUCCAGUAGGUUCUCUAUUCAGCUGGAAGAGGAAAAAUGGACAUAACCAGUUUACCAUAUGAACUGUUAUUCAGUCUCAUGACUGUUAACUUUUUAAAAGGACAAAAAAAGUGACUAUUUUAAUGAUGAGAGGACGUAUUAUGAUUUUGGUGUCAAUAGUCAGUAGUACUAUAGUAAAUACAUAGCAGUAACCUGCUACACAAAGGUUUUUUUGACUGUUACAUUACCCACCAAACUAUUUGAAGGGGAGGGUUACAUAACAAGCCAAAAGAGUGUCUGCGUAGGACCCUACACUAGUCAUGAUAUUACAAUGAUGGAUAAGAAGAAUGACCAUAAAACAUUUUCUAGCUACAGUACAGUCAACUGUUUCUUAACGGAGACUGGCCUUUAUAAGAUGGACACCUGGUGUUGGUCCCUGCCGUUUUGCAGUUAUUUUACUGUAACUAUUAACUCCCUAUAAGACGGACAACGGACACUUUGAAGUGCGUUAUGUAAUGAAAAAUACCUCAAAACGGAAAUGAAGGUGCCCCAAAUGACACUAAAUUCGGUUUUGUGGGCCCCAAUUUCACUGAAAACUCUUCUUGAGGAAAGCUCCCUCGUACGAGCCUAGCCUGUUCACAGACCCUCUAUUUCGUCUUGAAAGUCCGUCGAGCUCGGGUGAUAAAAUAUAAACCGCACGGGAUGGGAUUUAUUCUCCGCGAGCGCAAGUGGGUAGUGGUCGAGGGAGGGGUGGGGUGGAAAAGAAAAUUUUCUCGCGCUUCGCGCUCGUUCUCGCUCGUCGAUGUUUUCGAAAAGAACGAAAAGAAAAAUAAAACAACGACUGUAUACAGGCUAGUACGAGCCAGACAGGUACGGCGAACAGUCGGAGUUGCAGGAAAGAAGAACACGAGAGCAGCGCUGGCCUUCGAUUGCACCAAACUUUGUAGGAAUAUUUACAUUCCCAGACUAGUCAUUUCCUGUGGGUGCCGGAUUAAAUUUUCAAAUUCCAGCUAGUUAGCAGCAAAUGAAAUUUUCAGACCUGAAGACCCCCCACGAAGCACUUUUUCUUGCUCAUUUUCUAGAUUUUAUUCACGUUUUAUUUCCAAUACAGGUAUAACAAUACAGAUGUUUUUUUUUUAAAUCUGGAUGCGGAUUGUUUUCUCCUCUCUUCCUGAUCAUUAUAUAAAUGCAGGCCGUAAUUUGGAAUUUAUCUGCACAUACUUUCUCUUUUUUCUCUUGAAUUGUAAGAGUUUGCGCUAUCUCAUUCGUGAAAUGUGCAUGCGACUCGAUGCAGCUAGAAAAGAAACUAUUCUCGUCACAUAAAAGAGAAAAAUGUCGUUUUAAGAAGAGGAAGUGAGAAAUAGGUUAAUCUGAAGACGCAGGAAGCAGGUCGCUACCUCUAAACUGGUUAAAAGUGUUAUUUACCAAAAGGAAACAACUGAAAAACCUCAGUGUGGAUACCUCACUUUCGAACGAGACUCAACGUCAUUUUAUGAGGAGGGGAAUUAGAAAAAGCAGUUGACUGGAAAUGUUUUGACGUGGGGAAUGGAAUGGCUUCCACAUCAGCAAGUCGUUUGGUAUGUGGCAUAGAUCUUGUCGCGAUGCGGUCAACAGGAUGAAACUGGAUCGAAAGAUAAAAAGACUGUAGAAAUCCACAGCACUCGGAAAACGGACAUACUCAAGUAUGUUUCUGUUCGCGCAGAGAAGAGGCAGACAUGGAAAUGAUACGUCCUGUAGCUGAUGCACGGUAGAAAAUUGUCACUAGUCAGUCAUGAUUCGAACUUUGUUGCUUUUUUCUCGCUCCGUUUUCCCCACUAUCUUGGAGCCUAGAACAGGGUUAUUUAGACUUGAAGGAAUGUUCAGAUUCCUGUGAGACAGAAAAAUCAUACCCACACUCUUUGCAAAGGCCCUUGUUCCAUCUUAAUCGAAAUACCUCCCUGAUCCAUGCCCUAACAGUAUGUGAUACAAGUUCCUUCUCCGCUGGUCAUGGAAGAACAUGGAAUGGCCAAAAUACUGAACAUGGAUUUUGCCAAUAUUUUUUCUUAUUGAAAGGAAGUGUUGUUGUCAUUAAAAUCAUGAAAUAAAAGAUGAAGGUCACCGUACUUGUUUGAGGCCCUGCCAGGGUAAAUUCCGACAAGCGACAUGACCCAAAAAGUAGCGACAGAGCCUAAAAUGAAAUGGCGACAAGCGACAACCUCCCGCUGCCAAAUUGCGACAGUGACGGCAAAGCCGAGAAUAUGCGACAAAGAACGGUGAUUUGGCUAAUUCUCUCGUCAGGGAGUUUCAGUAGACCCUCCUGAGCGCGUCGCGUUGGCCCGUCACGUAGUCUUCAUUUACGCAACCCCGCACAACUCCUGGGAGACCUUGGGAGUAGGUUAAGUUGUCCGUCAAAUAGCUUAAUUUACGCUCGCUUUACUUCUCUUGUAAUCACUACUUUCAUAUAGGCCAUGACGCACCUUGUUUUCCCCCUCAGAAUUUUGCAUAACCAAUGUUUCCAAAUUCUCCAGGGCAUUACAGUCGUCGAAAACAAUGGUUAUGCAAAGUUUUGGGGGGUAAACAAGGUGAAUUAUGGUCUAUGUGAAAAUGGUGAAUACUUUGCUUGUUUCUGAACUUCUCAUAUCCUUGUCGACCUCUGUCGGACGAUGACGACGGUGGAGAGACCAGGGACCAGGUAACUUAAACGCCGCACAGCGUAGACCACCGUUAACCGGCCUUCACGUACGAUUUAUCAGGUCAGUUAGUCUUAAAAUGUAGAACGUGGAUCUCUUAGGGUGUGCUGACAGUGUUCCUUUAAGCGAAUCCAAAAACGGAUUUCUGAUCCGAGAUUUGCCGGAUUUCGCGGUCGAAAGGAACGUGAAAUCCGAAAUUGGAUUUGUGACCUUGGUAACCUUUCGCAAACGCGUGCAAUAUGCAUGACAGCCUGAGCCUCUCAAGAAAUAACAUGUUUUCUACUGUUUGACAAAUUAUGCGAUUAUACCGUGCAGAAUUUUGUGGUCGGCAGUUCGAAUAACGACGAUGGAACAUAAACAGAUCAAGAAAGUAGCGUGUUAAAGUUGAAAAUUAUCUAAAGGUUGUCGGCUCAGUUUGAUCCAGUUUCGUAGCUCGGUUUUCUAUGUAACACGAUCGAGUGCCUAUCGCGUCCAAGAGCGAGUUUGUAGAAAGAUAGCAGUUAUUUGUCCCUUUUACUUAUUUGUGUUUUUAAGCAAUCUUUAGCGACAAAUGGUCAGCACAUGGACAUUUUACUGUACCACCAUGAACAAUCUUCUAGUGUUUUCAGAUGUUUUACGGCAAAUGGCAGCAAUUAGGAAACUCUACGGGAAUACUCCAACUGGAAGUACAGCUGGAUCAUCUGACUAAUUUCGAAUCCACUGUGAAUGGAACAGCGUAGAUGACUAAUCCGUUAAUCUGGAUUCGGAUUCUUCGGAUUUCAAUUCCAAUGUGAAUCCUUUUUCAAAAAGGAUUCACCAGAUCAAAAAUCCGAAUUUGGAUUUGCCGAAAGGAACGUGAAAUCCGUUUUAAGAUCCAAAUCCGUUUCUGGAUUCACCGAAAGGAACACACCCUUAAUUGUGAAUGGCGAUGUAUAGGUGUUCUGUACGCGAAAGGUUAACAGAGAAAUUGCUCAACUGUAAUGGUUUCUUUAAAACCCAUCGCUAUCCCCCUUUUCUAAAAUUCAGACAAAGACAAAGAAUUUUCGUUCAAUUUCCGACAGCGACGUGAAGCAUUAAUAAACGCCGACACGAGACGUUUUAAAAUUCAGACGAGCGAUAUGGGAGCCCCCCCUGGCAGGGCCUCUUGUUUUUGCGGUAGAGCUGCAGAAAGUGUAGCCUGAAAUUCAUCCGAUUGCUUGGAGUCGUUUUCUCCUCUCAAUUACUGAGGGAGUAAUGACGACUCUAAGUAAUCGGAUGAAAUUCAGGCUACAGAAAGUGCGCACCCCCUGCAUUCCUUGUGAUUUUUGAGUGAGGACUGGGACGAGGUUCAAAACGGCAUGCAGGUCAUGCAGGUGGAAGGUGGAAGAAAGCAUUGAAAAAUACGGUUUUAUGGAAUUUACAUCGGGAUAUCACAGUUAGGAUUACGAUGUAAAAUUCCCUUUGCGUUUCUCUUCGAUGAACUUCAUUUUAAUAAUUUUUCUGCAGAAACCCCGGGAGGGGGGAGGGUACUUGGGUUAAGUUUUGCUGGGUAUGUGCCACUGGUCUCUCGGAGCCCUUACCCUAUUCCAGGGGCCUUACCCUAUUCUUGUUGUUGUCUCGCCAAUUAUAGACCCCAUCUUAGUCAUUUUUGGGCAAAUGUAAUUUUCGCGAUGCCAACUUAGUCACUUUCUUUUUAUGUAUUUACCUUAUCAAUCCUUUAAAUAGGUAAUCCUUAAACGAAUUGACCCAUUUUUUAAAGUGAACGAAGAACACUUUAAUUUUCGCCUAGAGUAAAAACAUUCGCGUACUCGGCUUGGCUAACCUACUUAUACUUAAUUCCGGCUUGGCACCAUAUCUCAAAAUGCUUGUAUUGGUCACUACAAUCAGUGUGCCAAAUUUCGUGUUUGCAUCUAAAAGUGCACGACUCACCUGAUAUUUCGAGCUAUGUCGGUCUCGCCCAGGGGGGCCCCCUGGUCUCGCCCGUUGUGGAAAACUGUUUCGCCGCCGGUUUUUACCCGACCCACCCGACUGUCUCCGAAGAUGGCUUGUAGUGCGCUUGGGCUGCCUGUGGUUUCAGGUUGUCUCGCCAUCCUCGCAAACGUCCGCCUAAUUAACCUUACAUUAGGCGGUUUUUUUAGCUUAACGUCCGCCGUGUCAAGUUAGACUUCUCAAUCAUCUCAUGAUCACGAUAUGACGAUUUACGAGCUGCGUACGUACUCUGUAAAGCCCAAGUAUUUUGGUAAGGGAAGAAUGCUUUGUUGUUCAUCCAGAAGGCAGUGCGACCGGGUGGGACCAUUUCCACCCCUAACUCAGCUCCUGCCGGACAUUUCUCGGACAUUUUUUAAUGGAAAGUUGCAAAUACUCCUAAGGAAAGACCAUCAGUGUGGGGCAUAAGUGUGCUUAAAUCCCUGUAGAAGGAGGACUGAUCAGGUUGGGUAAACUCCAGUCGCCUUUGUCCUUUGCUCACCUUGUUUUCUGUUUGGUUGUUUAAUGGUCCAUGCCUCUCCCUGAAGAUGCUGAAAAUCGCAAAUCCAUGCCGUUGAUCAGAACUUUUGGUUAAUACAAUUCAACUAAAAAUGAAGAAAAAGGCCAAGAAAAAACGAUGUGAAAGUUUCCCCGCUAUUUUUGAGGAGGUCACAGUUCACUCAGUUUUUCGGGGCUGGGUGUCCGGAGGUGGAAAGGGGUGUUGAUAACUGGCACUGUCGGAUCCACCCCGGCAACCCCUCCCCCAAACCUUUGUCACUAAGGGCCUGUUUGCACGGAGGUGGGGACCCCAGGCAUGUGAGUUAACCCGUUUAGGUGGGGUAAUAUGCCUGUUCAUAUAAUGUCUCAUAAUUAUGAUCACCCCACCUAUCAUGUAAACGUGAUCAAAUUAAUAUGAGAGAUUGUAUGAACAGACGGGUUACCCCACAUACCUGGGGUCCCCCACCUCCAUAUAAACAGGCCCUAAGUGAGGUCUGAUUCGGUACAAUUUAGAUUUUGCUGACGCCUACAACUAGCAUCCUAAGACAUGACAUGAAAACUUGUUCAGUGUAAUCUUGCAUUUUUUUUUUUGUAUUUUAUUUAUUUAUUUUCUUUUUACAGGUAUAGUACAAAACAACAUACAGAUCGAAACAUACAAACAUUACAAAAUUUACAACAACUACCUUAAUUAAAGAAAAUAGAAUAAAUAAAUAAAAAGCUACACUGCACUACACUACAAGGCUUACAUAACUUAUUCGACUUGAACUUAAAAUACAGAGUAAUACAGGGAGUAUUAGAAAAACGAAGUUUGGAUAACAGCUACUGUUGUAUUAAUGGGAGUAACGGCGUGUAAUGUGUAAUCUUGCAUGGCUCGAGAGGCUUUAUUUGACCCAUACAGGAGACUGUAUUAGUACAGACAACCAAAUGGGAACUAUCCUAUGGUUUAAAUUGCCCCCAAAACAUUGACAAUGACAGCUAUCUUCAGUAUAGUGUGACAGUGCUUAGUAAUUUUUAUAUAGAUAUAAGUUAUAUAAUUAUCUUUUAUGCACAGCUCCAAAACAAAUACCUGUAUCAGUUCCAUAAAAAUAUUGGAUUUUCACUAAUCUGCAGUAUACACCCCUAAGCAAGAGGAAAAGUCCUGAUCUGUCUUAAAUUAUUUUUCACACAUCUUUUCAUUGGAGAGUUCCUCCAUUAAUUUAUGCCUCUGGUGUGCUUCGCUCCUGCUCCCAAUUUAUUGUCAGUUAAUGUAGGAACUAGUUGUGGUUUUUGUAUAAAUUUAUACUAAAAAUGAGGCAAAUAAAAAAAUUGUAAUAUUAUUAAUAUAUUUUACUUUCCACUAUCUAUUGUUUCCAAAUCUAUUUCUUAACAGGUGACUUUAUGAAAUUAACACGUGACUAUAUUCACCUCAAGUCUGACUCGAAUUCAAAACUGAAAGGUUAUUGGACAAGUGAGAUUGGAGGUCUGAAUGAAGUCACACACAUUUGGGAAUAUGGUAAUUAUUUGAUUUCUUCAUUAUACUUUACUUAUAUUAAAAUAUAUAUUUACUGAAUAAUAUAAAUGUUAUUCUAAUUCGGGGGCGAGCCUCUCUCCUCCGCAGAGGCUCCCGCUGGGCAUCCCCGUAAAAAUAGCAGUAAUCGAAAAAAUAGAAAGCGUGCGGGGGAAGAUGAGAAGAGGGAAAAGGUGAGACUCAACACAUGGAGGCCUCUGCGGCAGAGAGAAGGGGCGAGCGAGGUGUUCAAAGGACAAGUAGUGCUAAUCCAGGGCCAGGUGCAACUGAAGAACAUUAUUAUAAUGUUGGUAUACCAAGCAAAUCUUUCUCUGCUGUUGCUGUCACUGUCAGCUGGUGACAAACAACUUAACACCCAGUCCAAAAAGCUGACAGAAUUAACCCUGUCAUUUUUGUGAUGUAUUAUUGUUCCCUAGAGUCUUGUGUUUUUUAAUCCAGGUUUUUAAAUUGUAGACAGCUAUGCACAAAGAGAAGAAGCAAGAAAAGCUCUUUCCCAAGAUGAAAAUUGGAUGAAUAAUUAUGUAAAGAAAAUUCUGAAAAUGUUGGUGAAGCAGGUAAUUGUUGUAUAAAUAUGAUUAAUGGUCUGCCUGAGAAUAGCUCUGCCUUGAAACCACAAAGGAGGGGCUUGACUCAUUGGGGGUUAAUUUGAAACCUUAAACUUUGCACUUGUUUAUGCUCUGAGUAAACAGAACUCCCCCCCCCCCAAAAAAAAAAUUGAUACCAACUGUCAAUUUUUUUUCUUAUUGAAAGACCACCUUUUAAUAUUUCUCUGCUUAUGCUGUACAAAUAAUAAGUAUACAAUAACCUAUUACAACGGUUCAGAUACCAGUAAUUUAUUUUACUGCUAUUUUAUGAUAUUGUACCGAACUGAAUAAAAAAAAUGACUAAGUGAGAGCCACUUCACAACAAAUUGGAUUUCGCAAAUACUGGGCUUACCAGAAAUGGGGUCAGAACUUCUUCUCUGAGACUAAGAAUGUCUAAAAGUAAUAAUCAUUAAUUUGGCACAAGGAUAAGUUAUGAGUAUACAUUUCAGUUUUUUCUGUGUGUAUACAAGAGGGUUUAGGGGACACAUGUAUGCUUUACUAAACAUUGUAACAGAUCUGUAAGUAACAGACAAAAAGUAAUUUUUUUUUGCCUGGUAAAAUUCAAGAUUUUUUUGGUGACAGGAUAGUUGGAUACUGACUGCACCACCAUGGUAUGAAGUGAAGCCUCCACUAACCACAGGAGGUAAGUGGUGGAUUCUAAUUUUGAGGGCAGGGACUGGGGCUCACAAUGGACCGAAGUUUGCAUAGUUGGAAGUUUUAUUGUCAGUCUAUAAAGCUACAUGCAAAUGGUGCAACAACUCCCAACAUUGUUGGCCCAACAAUGUUGGGAGUUGUUGCAUUGGUUUUCAUGUAGUUAAAAUUUUGACCGAUUUCAAACUUUGCAGAACAACUUCCAACAGGGUGUGCAUGCAAUUAAUAGAGGCAGCAUGUAACAUCCAACAAUGUUGCAUCUGUUUGCACGUGGCUUAAGAGAAACCACAAAUCUUUUACAAAAAUGACUUGUUGCUGGAAUUUUUCUCGCUGUUAAGAAGGAUGAGCCCACGCUCUUCCCUCAAGAGGAGAGUGGCUGAAAUAGAGCAUAGGGUAAACAAGGUGGGUUGUGGGCAAUUGUGAAAAUGGUGAAUGCUUUCACAUGUUCUUUUAAGUGGAUCAUUAGCAUUUUUGUCUAUAAAAUUGUUGAUGGUGAAAAAAACAAAAACAACAACAACUGGAUUGUAUUUUUCUGUUUCUCUGUUGAGGUGUGUAUGAGCUACGCAUGUACGAGUUGGUGCUGGGUAAAAAGGAGGAGUGGGAGAAAAAAAUUAUUGAAGGACUUCCUCACCGCUGCAAACUCUGUGAACCUGUUGGAGUCUGGUACACAGAAUUUGGUCCUCAAAACACAGGUGAAAUAAUAUAAUUUAUUAUCAUUAUUAUCCAAGAAAUAAGAAUUAUCACAAAUAUUUUUUGGCUUAUUAGUUUCUUCUCUAUUUUUCAGCCAUCAUGUUGUGGUCUUAUAAAAGUCUUGAUGACCGUGUGAGAAUUCGUAAUGAGGCAAAGCAGAUUAAGGGAUGGACUGAAGCAGGUAAUAUCUAACAAGAUGCAUUACUGUUUGUCAGGCAGCGGAGUAGGACUCAUAAUAAAGUGAUUCAGAGAGUUUUAGCAUCAACUACGAGUAUGAGAGUUAGAAUAUUAUUGUAGGCAGAGCAUGCAUACAUUUUAAUCAAUCCUGCUCCGUCACCUUCCUAGUGAGUAGCAAAUGAUGCACCACACACAGUAUGUUCUUGGUAUUUGAAAUCAAAACUAGUUGAUGAACAAUUCCCAACAUGAUCAUGUUGUUUUUGCAGCAACGAAAACAUCCCCAUUACACUGUAGUUAUUUCUUAAAAUAGAGACAUUUUCCAGAACUUAAAUUUUUAAAAUUCCUGGCAGUUACAAGGACUUCCAGCUUAUUCUGUAUUUUAUAUUUUUCAGUUCGAGAAUGCCUUCCUUUAGAAACCAGAGCAUAUUCCAAGGUUCUUAAACCAACAGAGUUCUCCCCAUGGAAGUGAAUGAGAGGUAGAUCUUAAUUUUAGCAAUAAAAAUGUUGCACUUCAGAAUUCUCAAAACAAGCAGAAAGUAAUUAAUGCUUUAUAUAAAAUUUACCCUACAGUAAAAACCCACGAGUAAGAACCUAAGAUUUAAGAACCUGUUAGGCUAAAAUUUGCAAUUUAGACCCCAUCUAUAUAAGAACCUCUUUAGCCUAAAAUUUGGAGAAAGGUCAAAAUUCAUUUUAAAAUAUGUACUAAUUGCAUUGGCAAAAGGCAAGUUAGUACACAUAUGUUGUUUGAUUGAGGUCAUUGAGAAAAUGUUUAUAAUAUUGUGUUUUACAGCACAGUCAUGUCUAUAAAGUUGUUUUGAUGCAAAAAAAUUAAAGUUCAUGUGAGAUUAGAUCUCUACUAUGGUCAUAUUGACAUAUAAGCAAUCAUUAGGUAUCUAAAUUUAAGGGUGCAGAUCACUAAAAUCUUCUUAGCGACGACAUAAUUUUUUGCAAGAAAUUAAGAACCUAUUAAGAACCUAGAUAGCCUAAAUUUAUGUUAACCACCAUUUAUGUAAGAACCUGUUUAGGCUAACCCUGGAAAAAGUAGGUUCUUACUCGUGGGUUUUUGCUGUAACUGUAACUUAGGUGAGUAGCAACCAGCCAGAAACAUUUGCUUAAUUUCUAGUUGUUUAUGUCAGUGAUGUUUAUCUAGGCAUUCAGAUAGUGGGGUGUGUGUUAAAAAUAGUGGAAGCCAAACUAAACAGUCAAACAUGCAGGAAAGACUGCGGAAAACCUUUCUUCACUGUUCUCCCCACUUUUUUUCGCUCUGGGACUUUAUUGUUUACCCACGCUCAACUGUCUGAAAGCCCAAAACAGGCAAGGGUUGAUCUUCGACUAGUUGUGAUACAAAUCUUAAUGUCAAUGCAAUCUUGUUGUUUAAGUUUAAUAGCAUUUUUUGCAGAAUAUCUUCCCCCAUUCUCACCCAAAAGGUAGGGUACCAUGACUGUGUGUAACUAUAAAAUUUGAUGGUUUGUUCUCAGGAAAACCAACCCAUGUAUGUCAUGCAGCUUGCGGAAGUAAAGACUUCUUUAACCAGAAGAUACAGUACUGACUCGCAUUCACCUUCAUGUACAUGACAAAAUAGAAUAGAACAAGAAAUAUAGGCUUUUGCUCAAAGCACUCCAGAAC